AUGGGAUGUAGCGGGCGGCUGCUGGGACCCGUCGGGGGCCGCCGCGCCUCGCUGCUCCUCACCAUGAUCCUCUUCUUCACCUACUUCUUCUACUGCCUGCCGGGGCCCUGCGAGCCGCUGCCUCCCGCCCUGCUGCUGCCGCCGCCCGCCGCGCUCCCCGACGGCGCGGGGCCGGAGGCGGCGGGGGCUGCGGGGCCGGGGGCGGCGGGGGGCGGCAGCCGGCGUUUCCCGCAGGCCAUCAUCGUGGGCGUGAAGAAGGGCGGGACGCGGGCGCUGCUGGAGUUCCUGCGGGCGCACCCCGGGGUGCGAGCGGUGGGCGCCGAACCCCACUUCUUCGACAGGUGCUACGAGAAGGGGCUGCGCUGGUACAGGAGCCUGAUGCCGCGGACGCUGGAGGGACAGAUCACGAUGGAGAAGACCCCCAGCUACUUCGUCACCAAGGAGGCUCCCCGGCGCAUCUACAACAUGUCUCGGGACACAAAGCUGAUCGUGGUGGUGCGCAACCCCGUCACCCGCGCCAUCUCGGACUACACGCAGACACUCUCCAAAAACCCCACCAUCCCCAGCUUCCAGGCCCUGGCCUUCAAAAACAUCAGCACAGGACUGAUCGACACGAGCUGGAGCGCGGUGAGGAUUGGGAUCUAUGCCAAGCACCUGGACAACUGGCUGCAGUACUUCCCCCUCUCCAAAUUCCUCUUUGUCAGCGGGGAGAGGCUCGUCAGCGACCCAGCCGGGGAAAUGGGCCGUGUCCAGGACUUUCUGGGUCUCAAGAGGGUGGUGACGGACAAACAUUUCUAUUUUAAUGAGACCAAGGGCUUUCCCUGCCUGAAGAAGCCGGAGGGUGGCAGCAAGCCCCGCUGCCUGGGGAAAUCCAAGGGGCGGCCGCACCCCAAAAUCGACGGGCAGGUGAUCCAGCGCCUGCGGGAGUUUUACAGACCCUUCAACAUGAAGUUUUAUCAGAUGACAGGGCAGGACUUUGGGUGGGACUGAGCCAUCCACAGGGCACGCUGCCGUGCUGGGACCUGGUCUGCCCAGCAGCGUGCAGGGCUAGGACUGCGGUCCAGGGAUGCCCGUGGCUGCCAUGGUCCAGGGAUGCCCGUGGCCACCCCACCAGCAACCUCCUCCCUUUGUUUUAAUUUAUAUCAGACCUUUUCCAGCGAGAAACGGACCCUUCUGGAGUAGAGAGAAAUAUUUAAGAAA